AUGUUUCUCUGUGCCAGUACGUCCACCCCCUCCCCCAUAGCCCGCUCACCCCCUGCAGUCUCGGGAGAAGCCCCCCAGAACCCAGUCGUGUCUCGCACAACCGGCGCUGUCUAUGAAAAAGCCCUCAUCGAGAGAUAUAUCGAUGAGAACGGCACCGACCCCCUCUCUGGUGAACCUCUGACAAGAGAAGACAUCAUCGAUGUCAAGGCUAAGCCAUCCACCAUCCCUCCCCGCCAUGCCACCGACACAUCCAUCCCCUCUCUUCUCACUAAGCUCCAAUCAGAGUACGACUCUAUCAUGCUCGAGUCUUUGGAGAUCAAAAAGGCUUUCCAGAGCUCGAGACAGGAGUUGGCGAACGCUCUCUAUCGGGAGGAUGCUGCUACGAGGGUGAUUGCGAGGUUGAUCAAGGAGAGGGACACCGCCAGACAAGCUUUGACUUCUAUCCAGAGCGUCACCGGCUUCCAGGCUCCCGCUCAAGAGGAGCAGCCUGCUGAGGAUGUCGAGAUGGAGCAGGAAGGCGCCCUUCCCGCCGACGUCGAGACCAAGGUUAUGGAUACAAACAAGGCCCUUUCAAGCCAACGUAAGAAGAGAAAGCCCGCUCCUGGCUACAAGAAGGCCGACUCUGUCAAGACCUACACCCAGAUCAACCACGUCCCCUCUCUCCACGCUACCAAGCCUGCCGGUAUCUCUGCUCUCGACCUCGCUGCCGACGGCAACGUCGUCGCUACCGGCGGUCCCGACAAGACUGUCCAGAUCUUCGACUUGGAGGCGAGCAAGGUGCUCGGUACUCUCAAGGGCCACACCAAGCCUGUCACACACGUCGCUUUCAGGGAGAGGGAGGGUGAGCCGAAGCUUGUUGUCAGUGGGUCUGCCGACAAGACUGUGCGUCUCUGGGGUGAGGAUGACGGCAAGUGGGCCGCCAAGGGCAGCAUCACCGGCCACAAGGGUGAUAUCACCGGCCUCGCCAUCCACCCCUCUGGCUCUUACGCCGCUGCCGCUUCGUCCGACUCUACCUGGAGCUUGUAUGACCUCGACACCGCCAAGGAGAUCAGCAAGUACGCUGCUAUCCCCGGCAUCGAUGGCUCUUUUGCCUACAACUCCUUCGCUGUUCACCCCGAUGGUAUCUUGCACGGUGGUGGUACCAAAGAAGGUACUGUCCGUGUCUGGGACGCCCGUCAAUCGUCUUCCCUCGCCGCCACCCUCUCCUCCCACACUUCCCCUCUCACCUCUCUCUCAUUCUCUGAAAACGGCUAUUACCUCGCCACCUCUUCUUCCACUUCCCCUACCGUCAAGAUCUUUGAUCUCCGUAAACUCGACGUCCUCUCCGAAUGGACUUUGCCAGAGGAGAACGUUGUCAAGGAGGUCAGAUUUGACCCCUCGGCGCAGUUCUUGUCGGUGGUCGGUACGGAUGCGAGAGUGUAUGCCAACAAGACUUGGGAAGAGUUGCUCAAAUUUGAGGAGAAUGCGGGCGAGCUUGUGGGUGCGAGAUUCGGCAAGCUCGGCAGCGAGAUUGUGUUGGCGGGUAUGGACAGGACGUUGAGGGUUUUGGGAAGUGCGUAG